AUGACGAAGUCUGAAACUCAAGUCAGUCUAUUACUGGCGAAUACUUACCGCAUAUGCAAAGACUUCCACAAGCCAUAUCACCAGAUCCUCCCGGAACCAUGUUCUAUAAACCUGGGCGAAUGGACAAUCGUGCUCAUCCAGGAAACGGGGACGCUCAGAGCCCGCAGCGACGCACUGAUCGUUAAUGGCUCUUUCGGAACCAUGAGUCUCCGGUACGCGUUCGUUGCAGCAGACGAAACCGGAAAUACAAUUGUCUCUACUCUACAGAAGUUCCCCCAGGAGUUAUCUGGGGUGCCAUCAACUACCACCAAGAUGCUCGAGCGGUUUUUCGAGGACGAGAUGACUAGUUGCCAUAGGGUUAUGGCUGAAGCUGAGGACAGCCUAAACCUCUGCCCCAUCCGCAAACGUGGAGUUGAGGAGAUCCAGGAGCUGAAGCAGCUCCUGGAUCUGGUCAACUCUGAGAUCAGAGCCAAAGCUGAGGAGUAUGACUACGUCAGGGACUGGAUCUUCAAGGGCUCUCGUUCAUCUCCGAAGAUCCCCUCGCCAGAUACGGGCACAGAUGAGCAAGAGGCAGGAGAAGGAUCUGGCGCAAAGAUGGGUCCUGCAUCUGCUGCAGGGGAAGAUUCCUUUGCAGACGACCAGGUCUAA